AUGUUAAGUGCACUCUGUCUUCAAAGCUUGUAAAUCAGCAGCUUCAAGACCCUAGCGCUGCAUCUCUCCCAACUGCCAAAGAUGCCUUCACACAAGUCCUUCAAGAUUAAGAAGAAGCUGGCCAAGAAGAUGAGGCAGAACAGACCCAUCCCUUACUGGAUCCGCAUGCGCACAGACAACACCAUCAGGUACAAUGCCAAGCGUAGACACUGGCGCCGUACCAAGCUAGGGUUCUAAGCUGAGCUUUGUUUCUUUUUCUUUUUUUCCAAAUUUAUUUGCAGACUUUUUGAUGUGGAAUUAAAUAUUGGGAACUAUUGAGGCGUUCAUUCAUUGGAGAUUUUGAUGAGAUUGUUUGGCAGUUCUUCAAAUCAUAGUUUCAACUUUGUUUUAGCCAGUGUUUGAUUUUAUAUUCUGCUUUGUGUGCUUGUGGAAUUUGGUUUUGCUUGUUGCUUUUACUUGUUUUUAUAUGUUAAGCUGUUCUCACCUGGAUGAUCGAUAUGUGCUUGAGAGUGACUUUGUUUGGUUUAUGUGAAGCUGAAUCAUUUCGUUCUUAUGAAUCAAUGAACGUGAAAUUAUUAGGUAAUAGUGAUACAGAUUAAGCCAGUUCUUUUGAGUGACAUGCCUUAUGCAUUAAAAUUCUAGAGAGCAUUGUUGCUUACUAAGAAAGCUUGUUUGCAAGAUUGACUAUCAGAGACGAUUUGAAGAGUAGGAUUACUGUAAGAU